AGGAACCGAGCCGGAUCGUGCAGUGUUUGCGCCAGUGCAGCUUCUCGAGGAAACCGUUUCACGCAUCUAGCCGCGUAUAGAAUUUCACGAUUCCUCCGUUCGCGUUCGAUCAGUGAAUCAUCUCACGGAGAAACCCGAUUGGAGCGAAAGAAUCGAGCGACCCUAUCGAGAACGACGGGUUUUCGAAAAGCAAGCCAAGAAGGUUUCACUCAGUGACGUCCAGAAUCCCGGCUGAAGCAUGAGCCAACAAUUCACGAAGAGCCAGGUGGCUACCACAGGAAGCACCAAGGAUAACGCCUUGAUAAUCCUCCACGACAAGGUGUACAACGUCACCAACUUCCUGAACGAGCACCCUGGAGGCGAGGAGAUCCUGCUGGAUCACGCGGGCAAGGAUGGCUCCGAGGACUUCGACGACGUGGGCCAUUCCCAAGACGCGUUCGACUUGAUGAAGAAGUACGUGGUGGGCGAGCUGCACGAGUCCGAGAGGACCAAUAAGACGCCUAAACAGGGCUGGACGACGAGCAGCAUAACCACGAAAUCAACAGAGAAGAAAGAGGAACAAGGGAUGUCCCAGACCACGAUGAUAGCUGUGGGCCUCGUCGUCCUGGCUAUCGUCUACUAUGUGUUCUUAUAGCUUCGGCAAACACGCGAUUCGUGGUUAGAAGUCGAAUGAUAAUCGAGCGUGCGAACCCAAGGACUAAUUGCGAUUAUUGACUUCUACUCUUGGUUCUUUCCAGCCGAAACGUCUUCGCGCUUCCGGAAGCGUGAUAGCGAGUAUGAUGAAUGUUUGUAGGAAUGAUUGCUGUGUUCUUUGAUAAGCUGUACAACCGUGAGGUGUCGGUCGUUUCUGCUCAACAGGGGCGUUAAAUAUAUGCACUGAAUAUUCACUGA